CAUGGCUUGAGCGGGUCUCUCUCCAGCACGGCCGCUUCCUUUAGCACCCCGACCUCACUUCGCAUCGCCCAAGCCCUUGACGCGAGCCUCGCCGCACCCGCUAGCACGCUCCACGCUUCUGAAGCAGCGCGAGCCGCGACGUCCGUCGUAGCAGCUGCGGCGCCUCCACCCGCACGCGCCGGGCGCUCGCGAGGCAGCGGCGGCGUCAAGAGCUCGCUCCGCUCUUGACGCUCUGCCGCUUGGUGCCACAGCCAUGGCGGCCGACUCGGCAGCAGCGUACCGGCUGGCCAAGGAGGCGUCCGUGUCGAACCUGGCCGGCUCGAGCCUGACGCGCAUCCACCUCCUCUCCGCCACGGCGCUCUCCUCGUAUGCGCUGCACGCCCUGCUGCGGCCUGCCUCGCUGGCGGCGCAGUUUGCGCUGCUCGUCGUGCCGCUGCUGCUGGCAUGCACGCUCUUCUCCUCGCCGGCGCUCAGCCUCGUGCUCAAUGCCGCGCUGCUGGCGGGCUGCUUCUUCGCCCAGGCGCGCGCCAGCGCGCCGCAGCAGGCCUCGUCGAGCACGCCGGCCAAGGCUCGGCGACGGUCACCCGAGAGCGCCGUACCGCUGCUGGCUGAGCCGCCGAUGCGCAUCAGCAUCGACUCGGCCGCCGAUGCCGCCCACGCCGCCGCGGCGCCGCCGACGAUGUACGCGGCGCCCGACGAGCUGCGCGGCGCAGAGGCCUCGCCCACGGGCAGCAGUGCAGACACGGGCCUGGCACACGACGGCAGCGCCAGGCGGCCCUCGGUGCCGGAUGCACCGGGCAUGAGCCGCAGUGUGUCGCCGCUGCCAGGCGCAUCAAUAGCACGCAGCGGCAGCCCUCUGUCGCGUGAGGUGCGCACAGCUCCGCGCGAGCCGCGCCGCCAGUCCUCGCUGGCCUCGACGUCGAGCCCGAGCCUCUCGCCCGUCGUCGAGCCGCCACGAAGCAACGCGUCACGAGGAGCAGCAGAGCGAGCAGCCGCGCCGCCAGCGGAUCCGGUGCCGGCUGCUCGGCCCUUCAUCGCCGUGUAUCGGGCGCACAUGAUGCUCAUGACGCUCAUCUGCAUUCUGGCAGUCGACUUUGAGCGCAUCUUUGCGCGCGAGCUGGCAAAGUGUGAGAGCUGGGGCACCAGUCUGAUGGAUCUCGGGGUGGGCUCGUUUGUCUACUCGCUCGGUCUCGUCUCGGCGCGGCCGCUGCUGCGAGCUCGGACGCGCUACGAGCCGCUUCGCGCUGCGGCGCGACGAGAUGUGAAGCGGGCCAUUCCGCUGCUUAUCCUCGGCUUGGCGCGCGUCGUCGCUGUCAAGGGCAGCGAAUACCCAGAGCACGUGUCGGAGUACGGCGUGCACUGGAACUUCUUCUUGACGCUCGCGCUGCUCCCGCUUGCCGGCACGCUGCUGCGGCCGCUGGCGCGGCGGUCACGCUGGUCUGUCGUGGGCCUGGUCGUUGCAGCUCUGUACCAGUGCGCACUCUGGCUCUCGCCUCUGCAGGCGUGGGCACUUCGCGCCGGGCCACGGCAUGGCCUGAUCGAUGCGAACAAGGAAGGCUUGACGUCGCUGCCAGGCUACCUCGCCAUCUUCCUGCUCGGCCUCGACACGGGGCACUACGUGCUGCCGCUCGACCCGUACUUCAUGUACCGGCGCGAGCGUGCCUCGCGCGCCAAGCCCAAGCUCGGCAAGACGGCCGAGGUGCUUGGCAGUCUGGCGAUCUGCUUCUGGAUCGGCUACGGCCUCACGGUGCCCUUCGGCAUCGGCACAAGCCGCCGGCUGGCCAACUUGCCAUACGUGCUCUGGGUCGGCGCCUUCAACUUGAGCUUUUUGCUCGGCUACGUCGGCGUGCACAUGACGCUCGUGCACGGCCGUGUGCCCGAGGCAAGCCACACGCCGCCGCUGUUUGCGGCGCUGAACGAGCACGGCCUCGUCGUCUUCCUGCUGGGCAACGUGCUGACCGGCCUAGUCAACCUGUCGUUGCGCACGCUGCACAUGCCUACGCUGCCAGCCAUGCUCGUCAUGCUCCUCUAUCUCGCCUCGUGCUGCGCUGCCGCCGUCGAGCUGCAGCGGCGCGGCUGGCGCCUGCGGCUCUGACGCACUGGCGCCCUCGCAUUAAGCCCUCCCCUCAUGCCAUCGUCUCCCUAAUCUCGCACAUGUUCCCGGCAUGCGUGCCCUAAUUGCAUCUCCGUCAUUGCAUCCGAG